UCCAGCUUCACACUUAAAAAAAAAAACGCCUGACAUAGCGCUUGUUGGCGUGAUGUGCUGACUUCUGGAGAUUUGAUAUUUUGACGUGGUCACCAAAUCUCCAAAUGUUUGAUGCCAUAAUUUCGGUUUUAUACUGUUAAUAGACAAUAUAAAAGUUGCCUUUGAAGUUAUACUGUAAUAUUUGCAAGCAAGAUGCCACCACGAAUUGAUGACGUAAUGAAACUGUGUUGUGAACUCUCCGCAAAUCAACAAGUAAAAACAGCGGUGAAGCAGUCUGGAAAAGGAGCAGCGGCCGCUGGUGGUUUAGCUUUUGCAGGAGGCUUAAUUGGGGGUCCUCUGGGGAUUGCAGUGGGUGGUGCUGUCGGUGGACUGAUUGGAUGCUGGAUGACAAGCGGACAGUUUAAACCUCUACCUCAGGUUAUCAUGGAAAUGACACCAGACCAGCAGCGCAGACUCUAUGAGGAUAUUGCAGCCGCUUUAGGCUCAAUAACAUGGACUGAUGUUGCACAGCUGACUGCCCUUGUAAUGGGAAACGCCACACUACAGCAGCAAGUGACCGCUGCUCUUCUGAGCUAUAUACAAAAGGAACUUCAAGCUGAAGUGCAUUAUAUAGACUGAUUUAACCUUAUUUUGAAUGUGAAACAUUUCAAACCUUAUAAUCAUGUGUCAUAUGGGUUGUUUGAUUGGAUGCUUGAGUACUGUAGUUGAAACUGGCAUACACAGCAUAUUUUUUUUACUGUCUAAAACUGUUUGUAACUUUAUAUGGUACAUUUGAAUCUAUGAAACCUUGUUUCCACCACAGGAUUAAAAACAAAACAAAAAAGAAAACAUAAAAGG